UUUUAGGGGAUUUGAAUUUAAACAUUUAGGCCUAGGUUUACAUGCACACACUCUUAAACCCUUCCUUCGCCGCUUUCCCCCUCUCAGCCUCUUCCACACCGCCGCUUCGCCCUCCUUGGCUUCGCCUCUCUCUUCUUUGUCUGUCUCUGUUCGCUGGCGGAGUGUUGGUCAUCGCUGUUCAUCUUUCAUCACUCCAGUUAACCUCGCUUCUCUCUAUUCAAUUUACUAGAGAGAACCAAAUGGCGAUGGAAAUAAACCUCGGAAAACUUGCAUUCGACAUAGACUUUCAUCCCUCCGAUAAUCUUGUUGCUGCCGGACUCAUCACUGGUCACCUUCACUUAUAUCGUUUCAGUGUUGAUAGCGAGCCUGUGAGGCUGUUGGAAGUUAAUGCCCACUCUGAGUCCUGUAGAGCUGCUAGAUUCAUCAAUGGUGGACGUGCGGUUUUGACGGGUUCGCCAGAUUGUUCCAUACUGGCUACUGAUGUGGAAACUGGAGCUACAAUUGCGCGGCUUGAUAAUGCCCAUGAGGCUGCUGUUAACAGGUUGAUAAACUUGACUGAGUCAACUGUUGCCUCAGGAGAUGAUGAUGGCUGCAUUAAGGUAUGGGAUACCAGGGAGCGUUCUUGUUGCAAUACAUUUGACGUCCAUGAAGAUUACAUUUCAGACAUGACUUUUGCAUCUGAUGCGAUGAAACUAUUAGCCACAAGUGGAGAUGGGACUCUAUCUGUUUGCAAUCUACGGCGAAAUAAAGUCCAAGUUCAGUCUGAAUUUUCUGAAGAUGAGCUAUUGUCAGUUGUUAUAAUGAAGAAUGGUAGGAAAGUUGUCUGUGGAUCACAGACUGGAGUCCUGCUCUUGUAUUCAUGGGGAUGCUUCAAGGAUUGCAGUGACCGAUUUGUUGAUCUAUCACCAAACUCUAUUGAUACUAUGUUGAAGCUUGAUGAAGAUAGGAUUAUUACUGGAUCAGAGAAUGGGAUUAUCAACCUGGUUGGGAUAUUACCUAACAGAAUCCUCCAGCCGAUUGCAGAGCACUCAGAAUAUCCUGUCGAGUGUCUAGCAUUCUCUCAUGAUAGAAAAUUUCUUGGCAGUAUUGCUCAUGAUCAAAUGUUAAAGCUAUGGGACUUGGAUAAUAUUUUACAAGGUUCAGGAAAUUUGCAAAGAAACCGUGAUGGAGCUAGAGACAGUGAUGAUGAUGAUGAUGAUGAUGAGAUGGAUGUUGAUACUGAUUCUUCCAAGUUUAACAAGGGGACCAAGACCAAGAGGAAGCUUGGUAAUAAUGAACAUGCCUUAGGCAGUUCAAACGAUUUCUUUGCAGAUUUAUAGGAAAUUAUUCAUUAUUCAAAUGUGAGAACUUGCUUAAUCUUGUUUAAUGAAAAUGGCUUUCUUGGGUGCAUUUUGCAUCGUUAUAA